CCCCCACACCAACAAAGAAAAAAAAACCUUCGGCUUUUGGAAUCUUAGAAUGGGCAAAUGCUUCAUUUGGACAGAAAUCGUUUCACUUGAGCAUGUGGGACUUGUAUCUUGUGGGAGAGAGGAGGCACAAAGUUUUUUCUUUUUUUUAAGGGAAGAGAGGAGGCAUAAAGUCGAGUGGCUAUAAUGCUCUCUAGCAACUAAUAGCCUUAUCUCUCUCAAUUUCUCAUCGCACAGGUGCUCAAAGCAAACCAAAGGAUUUUUUUUUUCCUUCACCAAAUCCUCAGAUGAAGCUCGUCUUCUUCAUCAGCAAUAGGAAGAACGCCGUUCCUUACUAUUUCAUCCCCUUCUCUUUCCUCAUCUUCGUAGCCGUCCUCUAUGCUGCAGACUUCACAUCAAUUCUCCAGCAAGGAUGCUCGAAAUACCAGCAGUUAGAGUACUCAACACAGAAAGAAUCCAAAGCACUCAUUGCAAGAGAAGAAGGACCCCGUCCCACACCAAUACAUGGCGAGGAAACUAAACUUUUUGAUCAAAUUAUAGUGGAACCAACAAUAUUAGCACAAGAUGAGGAAGCCAAAAUUUUCAACCAAGUUAUAGCAGAACCAACAGCAACAGAAGGUAAGAGUUUGCAAAGAGGAGAUGAAAUAAAACAAGCAAGAACUCAAGUUGAGGAAGCGAAAAAUUCCGGCGAAGUCUCUUCAGAAAAGAAAACUUCCGAUGAAGUCUCUUUAGAAAAGAAAAAUUCCGACGAAGGAGAUACAGUAGAACCGGCUGAAGAGAAGGAUCUUGGCGUGCCGUUCGCCGUGGGGAAGAUGGAGGAGGGGUGUGAUUUGUUCCGUGGCGAGUGGGUCUAUGACGAGGCGAGGCCUCACUACCGUGAGCAAGACUGCCGUUUUAUUAGCUCUCAAUUUACUUGCCAAGCUCAUGGGAGGCCCGACAUGUUGUACCAGCACUGGAGAUGGCAGCCUCACGGCUGUUCUCUUCCAAGCUUCAAUGCCACAUUUAUGCUUGAAAGGCUCCGAGGGAAGCGAAUGCUGUUCGUUGGAGACUCCUUGAAUCGGGGUCAGUACUCCUCGAUGCUAUGUCUCCUACAGCAUGCCAUCCCCCAGUUUUCCAACUCUCACAGCCACCAUGCAUCCCAUACCGUGUUCAGAGCUCCGGAAUACAAUGCGAGCUUCGAGUUCUUUUGGGCCCCCUUUCUUGUUGAAUCGAAUUGUGAUAAUGCCUCGGUGCACCGAGUGACAGAUAGAGUAGUUCAUGAAUACAUGGGAUCCCUCGAAAGGCAUGCUCAGUAUUGGAAGGGAGUUGAUAUUUUGGUCUUCAACACGUAUGCAUGGUGGAUUACAGGAACCAAGAUCAAGAUUAUGCGAAGGUAUCGGGGUAGGAAGUACAUCAGAUUGAUGACUACGGAGGAUGGGUACCGGAUGGUGUUGAAGAGCAUGGUGAGCUGGCUGGAGAAGAACAUGGAUCCCCAUAAGACCAGGAUCUUCUUCAUGACCAUGUCACCUACUCAUUUUAGGGGCAUGGAUUGGGGAGGUGACCUUCAUGGGACCUGCUAUGGUGAAACCACACCAAUCUUUGAUCCAACAUACUGGGGCUCCGGGGCCAGCAAAAGCAUAAUGCAAGUAGUUGGAGAAGUUUUAGGGGAGUCGAAGGUUCCAAUUACUAUUGUCAACAUCACUCAGCUCUCGUUGUAUCGCAAGGAUGCGCAUACCUCGAUUUAUAAGGAGUUGCGGUACAAUUUGACACCUGCACAAGUGGCGAACCCUAGAAGCUAUGCUGAUUGCAACCAUUGGUGCUUGCCUGGCCUUCAGGAUACUUGGAAUGAACUCUUGUAUACUAAACUCUUCUUUCUGUGAGAACUAUUCUGUUAUAAUUUUUUUUGUAGACCAUUCCUCCAUGAUCCUUGAUUUACUUUUGUGUUUGUAGUUCAGUUGCAUUUAGUUUAUCUCUUUGAAUUUGAAAUUUCAAUAAGAUCUAUGUUCUGCA